AAAAUGAUUGCCAGUGGUUUUCAGAAUAAACAGUGUCUCACCUUGGCAAGUAAAAGGAAAAAAGAAACCGUAUAAAAGCUUACCCCACUCAGAUUUUAGUUGUAGAUCAGACCUGUGAAAUAAUCGGAAAGGAAUAUCAACGUUGCUUCUUUUUCUUUUUGGCAAUGGCUAUUGCAAAACCACUCUUAUCUGAUCUUGUUUCUACAAUAACCUCUGUUCCCUCAAAUUUCAUCCGACCUUUAUCCGAUCGACCAAAUUUUAAUGAAGUUAUUCAGACCUCUGAUUGUUCCAUUCCUCUUAUUGAUCUUCAAGGUCUAGAUGGUCCUCUUCGCUCUACUCUAGUCAAGGAGAUAGGUCAAGCUUGCCAAGGCUAUGGUUUCUUUCAGGUUAAAAACCAUGGUAUUCCUGAAGAUGUGAUUGAUAAAAUGUUAAGUGUAUCGAGGGAAUUCUUUCAUUUGCCUGAGAGUGAAAGGAUGAAGAAUUAUUCCGAUGAUCCGAUGAUGAGAACAAGACUUUCUACUAGCUUCAAUGUCAGAACUGAAAAAACUUCUAACUGGAGAGAUUUCUUGAGACUCCAUUGCUACCCAUUAGACGACUACAUGCAGGAAUGGCCUACCAACCCCCCAUCUUUCAGAGAAGAUGUUGGUGAGUAUUGCAGGAAUGUAAGAGAUUUAGCAGUGAGGCUGCUUGAAGCAAUAUCAGAAAGCUUAGGUCUAGAAAGGGAUUACAUCAACAAGGCAUUGGACAAGCAUGCCCAGCACUUGGCCGUCAACUACUAUCCAUCAUGUCCACAGCCGGAGCUGACUUAUGGGUUACCGGUCCAUGCAGAUCCCAAUGUCAUUACCAUUCUACUUCAAGAUGAUGUGCCAGGCUUACAGGUUCUCAAAGAUGGCAAGUGGGUUGCUGUCAGCCCUGUUCCUCAUACUUUCAUCGUUAACAUUGGAGACCAAAUCCAGGUAAUAAGCAAUGAUCGUUACAAGAGUGUGCUCCACCGUGCAGUGGUGAAUAGCAACAAGGAGAGAAUAUCUAUCCCAACAUUCUACUGCCCAUCACCUGAUGCUGCCAUAGGACCAGCUCCACCGCUUGUCGACAAUCAUCAUCCACUUCUCUAUACAAAUUUCACUUAUAGCCAAUACUAUCACAAGUUCUGGAACCGUGGCCUUGCAACCCACACCUGUCUGGACAUGUUCAAGAAGUAAUUAAGACUUAACAGCCAAGAAUGGCGUACUACUGCUCUGGGCUUUUUAGGGUGCUUUGAGUUUCCGUGUUUCUUUGUUCUACUUACAUUGCAUCUCCUGGAAUAAUAUUCGGUCUUUAUUUCUUCUUUUUUUCCUGUU